GGGCUCUAGCUGGCGGCUACCCGAGGCCGAGGCCGAGGUCUCCGGUCCACGCCUGCGCUUCCACGGUGGAGGAGAGUGCUCUAAUCUAAGCUAGCCGUGACCGUGAGCGCGACGCGGCUGUGCCUGUGGUGGGAACGGGCGCCCGUGGGCUGCGGGGAGACGACGACGGCGUACGGCCCCGCAUUCCCAUGACGGCGAGACUGGCGAGAGGAUUACUUGGAUUCUCCCUCUGGGCCUGGCUACUCUAGACGGGAUAGUGAUGAGCUGCGUGCCAGUGUGUUUGUGUGUGCAGUGCGGGAUGGGGCAGCACAGCAGGAGCAGUAGGAGUAGGUUGGUCGUUGGUCUCGGCUUUUAAUGCGGAAAAUUCCACUGCAAUGAACCAACAAAAAUGACAGCCGACGCGGCGGGGACGCAAGCGCGCGCACCACCACAGGCACCAUCACCACCUCCUCUCCCUCGCCCAGUCCCAACUCCAGCCGCGCGCGCCUUCCUUUCUUUCCCGCGCCGCAGCUAAAGCUUGCUUCGCUUGCUUGACUAGCUAUAGGCGCAAAUCUAAGAUGAGAGGAACGGCUUGCUCGGAGCUCGGAAGCAAGAUAAGCUAAACUAGCUAGCUACGGAGAUGCGCGGUGCGGUGCUGCUGUUGCCGCUGCUGGCGGCCGUGCUGCUGCCCGCGGCGGCCGCGGCCGGCGGAGGCAACGGGAGCUGCGUGCGGAGCUGCGGCGGCAUGACGCUGCCGUACCCGUUCGGCUUCUCCAGCGACUGCACGAUACGGCUCGGUUGCGAUGUCGGGGCCGGCGUUGUGUUCGUCGGCGGCACGCGAGAGCUGGGUCUGGUCGUCCGCAACUUCACGCCGCGCGCGCUCAUCCUCAAACUGCAGCCCAACUGCUCUCGCUUGUUCAAUGCGUCCGUCGCGGCGCUCUUCUCCGACAGCUAUGCGCCCGCCUCCCGGAAUGCGCUCGUCGUCAGCUCAUGCGCCGAGGCUGCUCAAAUCAGCAACUGCAGCAGUUCGCCUGAGCGCUUCCUUGACAGGAACUCGUCCCACUGCACCGACGAGUCCAUCCGCUGCAUCGUGCCUCCUACCAACAGCACACGCGGCCACCAUUUUCUGAACAAAAGCGAGGUGCUCAGGUCGAACUGCACCGGGCUGGUGUCGGCGGUGAGCUAUUCGGAUGCAGGGGGCCCGUCGCUGCUGCUCGGCGCGCUGGAGCUGGACUGGUGGGUACCGGGGCCUUGCCGCUGUGAUGCCAGAGCCAACUGCACCCAGUUCCCGGCGACAAGGACGCGGCCGGAGGCGUUCCAGUGCGAGUGCCCGGAGGGGCUCGAGGGCGACGGCUUCGUCGAAGGCACCGGUUGCCGGGAAGUUUCCAAGUCCAAGUGCGAUCGCUCAAAUUACCUAUCAAGAGAUUGUGGCAAGAUCGUUCUCGUUGGUCUUAUCAUGGCAGGAAUAAUUUUUGGAGCCAUGGUGAUGGGCAUCGGCUGCGUGGUGUGCCACGUGCUGAAGCGCCGUUCCGCGUCCAUCCGGUCGCAGCAGAGCACGAAGCGGCUCCUGUCGGAGGCGGACUGCACGGUGCCACUCUACUCGUACCGCGAGAUCGAGCGCGCCACCAGCGGCUUCUCCGAGGACCAGCGGCUCGGCACGGGCGCCUACGGCACGGUGUACGCGGGGCGCCUCAGCGACAACCGCCUCGUCGCCGUGAAGCGGAUCAAGCACCGCGACAACGCCGACGGUGGCCUGGACUCCGUCAUGAACGAGGUGAAGCUGGUGUCCUCCGUGAGCCACCGCCACCUGGUCCGCCUCCUGGGCUGCUGCAUCGAGCAGGGCCAGCAGAUCCUGGUCUACGAGUUCAUGCCCAACGGCACGCUGGCGCAGCACCUGCAGAGGGAGCGCGGCCGCCCCGCCGUGCCGUGGACGGUGCGCCUCCGCGUGGCCGCCGAGACCGCCAAGGCCAUCGCGUACCUGCACUCGGAGGUGCACCCGCCCAUCUACCACCGCGACAUCAAAUCCAGCAACAUCCUGCUCGACCACGAGUACAACUCCAAGGUGGCCGACUUCGGGCUGUCCCGGAUGGGCAUGACGUCCGUCGACUCGUCGCACAUCUCCACCGCGCCGCAGGGCACCCCGGGCUACGUCGACCCGCAGUACCACCAGAACUUCCACCUCUCCGACAAGAGCGACGUGUACAGCUUCGGCGUGGUGCUGGUGGAGAUCAUCACGGCCAUGAAGGUUGUCGACUUCAGCCGGGGCCCCAGCGAGGUCAACCUGGCGCAGCUCGCUGUGGAGAAGAUCGGCAGGGGCUGCGUGGACGACAUCGUCGACCCCUUCCUGGACCCGCACCGGGACGCGUGGACCCUCACGUCCAUCCACAAGGUGGCGGAGCUGGCGUUCAGGUGCCUGGCGUUCCACAGCGAGAUCAGGCCGUCCAUGGCCGAGGUCGCCGACGAGCUGGAGCAGAUACAGGUCAGCGGGUGGGCGCCGUCGAAUGACGACGCCGCGUUCAUGUCGACCACGUCGUCGCUCUGCUCGUCGGCGCCGUCGCGCGGCACGGACAAGUCGUUGGGGCCGGACAAAGGCAGGGGCGAGGCAUUGUCGACGUCUGCCCCGGCGAUGGCAGUGGCAGCGCGGGAAACGGAGAAGGGCGCGGCGGGGUCCUCCCCUGUGUCCGUCCAGGAGAGGUGGUUCAGCGACAGGAGCUCCCCUUCCUCCAAUAGCCUGCUCGGGAAUAGCAGCUCGCUUCACUGAACUGAGACACGCGGCCACUACUCCUGACAUCCAUUCCAUCGUUGUUUAGUUUAGCUGUAAAAUUUAGAGAUGUACGAUUUCUUCUAGUAGCUACCAAAGAAAUGAAAACGCACGAUUUUCUGGUCUCUUCUUGCUCUGCUCUUCCCUUCCCCUUUUCCUUUUCCUUUUGCGUUGGUUCCAAGCAAUCUGUAAAUGAAACCUGUAUUUGUCUGCUCAGACGCCAUGUUGACAAGCCA